AUGGCGUGUGUCGUGAAUGGGUCGCUGUGCAAGUUUGUACAGCGUGGGUUACGUCAGAGAAAGCGUCACUGGAACUGGGUUCUUUCAUUUCGUUGCGGCGACCGGCUAAUUGCAAGAAGGGAAAUCUGUGGUCGUAAAAUGCCUUAUACAAUUGAAGAACGGGGCUCUCCGAAUACGACCGACUAUAAAAUUUAUUUUAGAGAUGAAAACGGACCGAUUUCACCAUUCCACGACAUCCCCUUGUACGCCGACGCCGAAAAGAAAAUUUUCAACAUGGUGGUUGAAAUCCCACGGUGGACCAAUGCCAAGAUGGAGAUAAGUACGAAGGAGCUGCUGAACCCCAUCAAGCAGGACAUCAAGAAAGGCAAGCUGAGGUUCGUGGCCAACUGUUUCCCCCACAAGGGCUACAUCUGGAACUACGGCGCCAUUCCGCAGACUUGGGAAAACCCAGAAGUUCUCGAUGAGUCGACUGGUUGCAAAGGAGACAACGACCCAAUCGAUGUCCUGGAGAUUGGAUACAGGGUGGCGAAGAGAGGAGAAGUGCUGCAGGUGAAGCCCCUGGGGACAAUCGCGCUCAUCGACGAAGGUGAAACAGACUGGAAGAUUAUUGCCAUAGACGUGAACGACCCACUGGCAAACCAGCUGAAAGACAUCGGCGACGUGGACAAGCACUUCCCGGGGCUGAUGAAGGCCACGCUGGAGUGGCUGAAGAUCUACAAGAUCCCGGACGGCAAGCCGGAGAACCAGUUCGCCUUCAACGGCGAGCCCAAGAACCGGGAGUUCGCGCUGCAGACCAUCGAGGAGGUGCACAAGUACUGGCGCUCGCUCGUCAGGAAGGAGGUGGAGGCCGGCGGCAUCUCGUGCGCCAACUUGACAGCCGGAGACAGCCCGUACCGAAUCGAGUGCCAGGAAGCCGAGGAGGUGAUAGCGAAGAGCCCGAAAACUGGACCGGCGGAGCCCGUGGACCCAAUAGUUGAUCUCUCGCAUUUCAUGGACUUGAGGAAAACAAAGUCUGCCUUGUAAAGAACGGGGAGAAAAGCAAAUCUACAAGAUUAAAGAAAACAUGAAGAUAAUGAUAAAAUUUUCAUUUAAUUUUGUUCACUUUUGUGUUUUUGACUGCAAUUUCUAAAUAUCUUUUUAUGUGAUAGUUAACAUUGUCAUGUUAAAAAUAAAACUUUGUUUUUCUUCCAUGAUUUGUUGCCAAUAAAGAACUUCAAAAUAAAA